ACACUCUCUGAUUGGUGCAAUGUGACUGUCCAAAAUAAUAUUAUUAUAUUAAAAAAAAAAAAAAAAAAAAUUGUAACUUGUCUUGUUUUUUGCUUGUAGAAUCGAAUCGCCAUAUCCUUGACACGCCUCCCUCACGUAAUCACGUGGUUCCUCAGAUUGCCGGGAAUUUUUUUGAAGUGACUGGUAAAAGAAGAGACAGUUAUCUGUAGGGCAUUACACCCCCUCGCCAGACUGGAAAAUGAACCCAUCAGACAGGGAGGAUGUCUGCUGUACAAGCAAAUUAGAUAACCAGCUGUUGGUGCUUCCAGAAAAACUAUGUCAAAGACUGAUGCCUUUCCAGAAGGAGGGUGUCAAGUUUGCCAUCUCCAGAAACGGCAGGUGUAUGAUAGCAGAUGAGAUGGGCCUUGGCAAAACCAUCCAAGCGAUCUCUGUGGCCUACUACUAUAAACAAGAAUGGCCUCUGCUGAUAGUGGUUCCAUCAUCACUGAAAUACCCCUGGAUUGAAGAAAUAGAGAAAUGGAUACCUGAGUUAAACCCAGAUGAUGUCAAUCUCAUUGACAACAAAACCGACAUUGGGAGAAUCUCUACCAGCAAAGUAACAGUGCUGGGGUACGGACUGCUCACCAGUGAUGCAAAGACUUUGGUGGAUGCCCUUCACAAACAGAAGUUCCAAGUUAUUGUAGUAGAUGAGUCCCACUACCUGAAAUCAAGGACCGCUGCACGUAGCAAGAUUCUGGUCCCGAUUGUGCAGAAGGCAGCCCGGGCCAUUCUUCUAACAGGAACACCUGCUCUUGGGCGCCCUGAGGAGCUUUUUAUGCAGAUUGAUGCCCUGUAUCCUAGGAGAUUUGGAACUUGGGCUGAUUAUUCUAAAAAACAUUGCAAUGCCCAUGUCAGGUUUUUUGGCCAAAGACGCCAGUGGGACAGCAGGGGAGCUUCUAAUUUAGAUGAACUGCACCAACGCUUAAGCAAAAUUAUGAUCCGAAGAAUGAAAGAUCAGGUCUUAACGCAGCUCCCUCCAAAAAUCAGACAGCGCAUACCCUUUGACCUCCCAAAAGAAAGUGCCAAGGAAGCAAGUGCCAGCUUCGAGGAGUGGGAGAAAUUAAUGAGGGCACUGGAUUCGGGUGCUGCAGGGACUGAUAACCCCUUUGUGGAAGUCAUGGGGCUCAUUGUACGCAUGUACAAACAGACUGCAAUCGCCAAGGCAGGUGCUGUAAAGGACUACAUUAAAAUGAUGCUGGAAAAUGAAAAGCUCAAGUUUUUGGUGUUUGCUCACCAUCUGACAAUGCUUCAGGCUUGCACAGAAGCUGUCAUAGAAGCAAAGGUCCGGUACAUUCGUAUAGACGGAAGUGUUCCGUCAUCUGAAAGGAUCCACCUUGUCCAUCAGUUUCAGAAUGACCCGGAUACACGAGUAGCUGUCUUGAGUAUACAGGCUGCUGGGCAGGGAUUGACAUUUACCGCUGCUACCCAUGUUGUAUUUGCUGAGUUAUACUGGAGCCCUGGCCAUAUGAAACAGGCUGAAGACAGAGCUCAUCGAAUCGGCCAGUGCAGUUCUGUCCAUAUACACUACCUUAUUGCAAAAGGAACAUUCGACACAGUCAUGUGGGGGAUGUUAAAUCGCAAGGCAAAUGUGACAGGCUGUACCCUAAAUGGUAAAAAGGAACAUUUGAAAGCAGAUGUCGGGGACAAGGAACAGUGGGAUUUUCUCAACUUUGCCAGUGCUUGGACUCCAAGUGAGACUUUGCACAGUGAUUUACUAGACAACAAAGACGAGGUUUUCUUCUCUCAUUUUGAGAAAGAAAAACAACACGACAUUCGCACCUUUUUUUCACCAAGGGCAGGCAAAGAAACUAAAAGGAAAAGACCCACAGAGGAGUGUCCUUCUGGCACACCAAAUGAUCUAGACAAGGCAGAGAUGACGGUCCUUCGCCGGUCAGUUGAGGAAGGGUCUAUGACUAAGGGAGGAUCCCAGGAAAUAGCCGACGAGGAGUUACUAGAGGUUGCUACUGAGUCCCAGAGCAAAAGGAUGAGACGUUUAAGCCAGCCCAUGAUCAAAAACUCAGGAAAACAGAAGAGAAAGUCUUGGGCUGGGAAAGCUAGUUUUCCCUUCUCACUUCAGAGAUCCCAAAGGGUUUCAGAAGGUGCAUCACUGCUUUGGAAAAAGCUACCGGCUGUGAAAGGGGAGUGGAACUGUACCUCCUGCACAUACACUAACAGCUCUUUAUUGCCUUACUGCGAGGUGUGUGAGACCAGCCGCCACAGCAGCAGCAACAGCCCCAGCAAAGAAGAAAGUCUGCAAAGCAACAAAGCUACCUCAGAGAAGGAGCAGGUGCCAGAAGGCCUGUCCCACACUGACUGCCUUGUUAUUUCUGACACUGACAGCGAGAGUGACAGCAACAUGCUUAUGGAUCCUGAGCACACUAAUGAGAUGGAAAUGGAAAAACAGAAACCUGAAAAAUCUCAAUGCAAUAAACCUCCGUCUGAAAAUAUUGAAGACGAGACAGUGUGUGAGUCUGACAAUACCAGUGUUCCAGUCUAUGAAGGGCUAAUGUUCUGCGCCAGCAGAAACACAGACAGGAUCUAUCUCUACACCAAGGAUGGGGAUCCUUUGAACUGCAAUUUCAUCCCACUCGAUGUCAAAUUAGAAAACUGGGAAGAUUUGCCAGAUAUAUUUGAAAAUAAACAAAACCGUAUACAGAUUCUGAGGUUUGUUCAGGAAUGGAGCAGUCUGACUGCCAUGAAACAGCGGGUCCUGCGAAAAAGUGGCCGUACCUUCCGCAGUCCAGUCUUGGUGCUGGAAGACAUCACAAAGGGGCAGCGGAGAAAAAGCUGCACAAAAAGAUAUCUUACCAAAGAGGAUGUGGUGCAGGCUUCACUCGGUAAGGCACAGAAAGAUGGAGGAAGCGUGCGAGUUGUUUGCAAAGAAAAUGUCUUCAAUAGAAUGAAGGGGGCUCAACAAACUAAUGAAAUCCCUGAUCGGGCUGAAGGAGAAUCUGUGAAUGGCACCACUCAAAGUGUAGCCUGUAGCUCAGCCACACCCUCACAGGCAGCGACUGACUCUCAGGAGAAGGGCUACCUGCAGGCGCUGGAUGCAGAAGGGAACCCGCUGUGCCUCUGCUGCCAGCUGCCCAGCCUCCAGGUGAACACUGCCUGGGACACUCGCUUCUGCUCCCAGCGGUGCCAGGAGGAGUUCUUGGUGCGCUCCAACCAGUCCUACAUGAGAGCCAAGGUCUUCGAGACGGAGCACGGAGUCUGUCAGCAGUGCAAUCUCCACGCCCAGGAACUCUACCAGCGCAUCAGAGACGCUCCCAGAGCCAGCAGGAAGGAGAUCCUGGAGAACACCUGGAUGUCACAGCUGUCUCUCAAUCAGCUGAAUGAAAUGAUCAGGAACCCAACCGAAGGCUUGUUCUGGCAGGUAGACCAUAUCAGACCAGUGUAUGGUGGGGGAGGGCAGUGCUCCCUGGACAACCUGCAGACACUGUGUACUGUCUGCCACAAGGAGAGAACUGCAACACAAGCAAAAGAACGAAGCCAAAUGAAGAAAACUACAGCUGCAUCUAAAUUAGCAUCAGAUAUAAGCAGGUUCUUUGUUAAGAAAUGAAAGUUAAUGGAAUUAUAGAAAAACUACUAAAUGACCUGGUUAUAUGUUUUAACAUGUGUAACGCAUGUUUCAUACAAAGGGUGUUAUUUUUUAAUAAUUAUACAAAAUGUAAUAUUCUCAAUUUUAAUUGUAUGAUCGUUAUUAAGCAAGUCAUUGGUGAUGGUUUCUUUUUAAUUUGGAGGUGUCAUAUGUUCGAUUUACCACGUCUAAAAUGUGAAGGUUCAAAAUAAACCCUCAUAAGCUGUGUAAUAUAGUAAGACAAGACAGACAGCCCUGUUAAACCUGUUGGCAAUAGACUUGCUGAGAGAGAUUUGAAACCAAUUCAACUGAAACCUAAUAAAAAAAAGAAAUGAUGUAGUCUUUCAUGGUAAAGGCCCGCAUCUUUUUUUUAUUUUGUAUUACUUGGAGCUAAUAUUGUCAAAACCAGUUUUUUACUGAAUAAUAAAUGUUCAUUUGAAUAUGCUAAUGUUAAAUAAAUUGAUGUGUGUUUUACAUCAGCGAGUGUUUUUGCACAUUUUCGUCCGACUGGGGCCAAUCUGUUUCCCUGGUUUACGAAUGGGGCUAAUUGAAAGGCAAGAUGAUUGUUUUACUGCCUCUUACCAUCUAGACUGCUAACAUUUCCAGUAAGUAGCUUUGUGAAAGUGUUUUAUAAUACCAUUAUGUGAUUUGGUAACCAAGUAAUGUAUAGAAAAUGCCCUUAUUAAGUGUUCUAAAUGUAAGUUGAAACUCAGAUUCCUCAGGAAAGAAAAUUGUCUGUCUUCAAUCAGUAUGGUAGUGUAGUUAUUUUUAACAGCUUAGUGACUGUGGUUUAAUGUUCAAGAUGAACACUCAACACAAAAUAAAAAGACUGCAUUUGUCUAAAAGGGCUUAUUAUUUUGAGAUCAAAGGAGUGCGUGGAUGAGCGUUACUAUGGAGACAGAUAUGCAAGAUUCGCUGUGUACCUUAAAAUAACUUGCCAAGUUUUCUGUUUAUAGUACCACUGCAGUGAAUUUAAAAUAAGGAGUGAUGCUUUUGCAAUUAAAAUACAUUACACUCCAAUACUAACCUAGAUUGAAUUACUGUACAAUAUAAAUGUUAUUUUAGUGCCCAUCGUGUAAGUAAUUCUUCACCUUUUCAAAAUAUCUUUUAAUUACCUUUGUUAACUUUAUGCGCAGUGCCACCUGGUGGGAAAAUAUUACAUUUAAUGUACUGAUAUAGUUGGUUAAUUAUUAAAAAUUAUACCAUUGGGCUCCCGAGUAGCGCAUCCAGUAAAGGCGCUCUGCCUGGAGUGCAGGAUUCGCCCUAUAGCCUGGAAUCGAACCUGUGCUCUCCAGGCUAUGUCACAACCGACUGUGACCGGGGGUUCACAGGGAGCGGUGCACAAUUGGCCGAGCACCGCUCGGGUAGGGAGGGCUUAGGUCGGCAGGGGAAUCCAUGGCUCACUACGCAUCAGCGACCCCUGUGGUUCUGCAACGGAUCUGCCAGAUCUGUGUUGUCCUCCAGCACUAUACGUCAUAUUAAGGACAAAGUCACAGUAACUGGCUGACAAUAACAGGAAGAAUCCAGAUAUGGAGCAGAGGACUACUGGGACAUCUUGGUGCAGUAGUCUAGCCAGAGGUGACUUCAAGUACAUUAGCAAAAAUAUCAUAUGGGGAAGAGAGCAUAGGUAUUAGCCUUGCUGAAAGUCAACUUUCCUUGUGGUAUAUUUGAAGAAUUCUAAACAGAUUUAUGUGGAGACCUAAUUUACACUACUGAAUUAGAUGCAAGAAACAUCCUGUUAUUGCCAAGAUUUAUGAUAACUUCUUAGGGUUAACCAACACGUGUGUCAGUAACAGGCAUCCCCUGCCAUGGCUGUAAAUUCAGAUUACAGUGAGAUUAAUAUGAUGAAAUGACUGUACCAACAGAAUAGCAUAGAAUAAGAUUUAACAAUGAAAUGUUUAAUCACAAUUCUUAUAUGCAAAAAUGUGAGUGUUACACCUCCAUAUAUACCCAGAAUCUGAUACUUGAAUAACGUAUGCUAAAUAAUGUGAAUACUCAAUUUCAUAACAAGCAGUUUUCUAUAUUUAUGCAAAAAUAUAAGAUUUCAUUCCCAGCAGGGGAUAAUUAAGAUGUUGCUUAAGGUCACCUCCCUCUUUUUCUAAUCUGCCUUAUUCAGAUAUCAGCAGAAACAUUAAUGAGCACACCAAGUUUCCAUCACAAUUUCAUUACAGAAACAUUGACUUGUACUCAGUAGGGAGAAGGAAUGCUUUUAUUUUCCUAUUAAAAAGUAUCUUUAAAAUACCCAUAUAUCAAUGCUAAACACUUAUUUGUCAAACAUUUAAUUAGCAAAACAGUUUUUUGUUGACAGAUACACAUUUGGCUAGUCCCACAUUUGUAAUUUACGUUGUCAGCUUUAUCUGGCACUAAUAUAUAUAUAUAU